AACUGCCAUGAGUUUCCGGGCUCAGCCGCCCUCUCGACGGGACAGGGCAGGGCUGCGGAGAGCGAGCCGCGGACUGCGAGGCUCUGUGGGUUGCAAGUGCCCAAGCUUGCAUGGCAGGACAGUCCUCCUUGCCGAGGAAAAGCCAUUGAAAAGACCCGGGCGGUGCGGCCGGGCCGCCGUGCGCAGCUCCGGCGUUGCAGCUGUGGGGCUGGCUAUGGCGCACGGCUAUUUUACGGCUUCUUAAAGAACGGGCUCGAUUUCUGUAGGGCCGGCAGCCCACCCUGCGUGCCUGGAUUUCUCCCGUGUAUCCUUUCCCAGGCAGCACGCCUGGCUGUGAGGGAGCGCAUCGUCCGAACGCACGGCGGCACGCUCGCCCUGCUCCUUUGUUUCACAAGCGGCUGCCAGCGCGGAGAGCCCUUCUCGACGGCCGAAACGCUGAGGGGAAGCGCCCGUAGGCUGCGCUCAACACCCCCGCCCCGAGGAGCCUUUCCCGCGUUCGGGCGCCGGUUUCACCGCCGCGGGCGGCCAUGGCGGCGCGGCUGAAGCGCUGCCUGCUGCGGCGGCGGGACGGGCGGCAGCAGCACGGCGUGGCCGCCUCUUGCCUUCGGGAGCUGCGCGACAAGGCUAGUGCCAUUCUGGCAAUUGACAAGGCCAUGCAGCCCAUCACCUUAGUACUGGCAGAAGAUGGCACCAUUGUGGAUGACGAAGAUUACUUUUUGUGUUUGCCAUCUGACACCAAGUUUGUGGCACUGGCCAAGAAUGAGAAAUGGUCCGGCAAAAGUUCAGACAGUGGAACGUCCUGGCUCUCAGAGUCUGUGGAUGAAGUGGAUAGUGCUGCAGAGAAGUGGAAGCAGCUGGCCAGGCAACUGAGGGAUGACCUGUCUAAUAUCAUCCUGAUGUCUGAAGAUGACCUCCAGGUGCUGAUUGAUGUACCACGUUCAGACCUGGCAGAAGAACUUGCCCAAAGUCAAACCAAAAUCCAGGUAUUGCAGGACACCCUGCAGCAGGUGCUGGACAGACGAGAAGAAGAACGCCAGUCAAGACAGCUACUGGAACUCUACCUAGAGGCCUUGAAAAACGAAGACAGUAUCUUAAGCAAAGUAGCAGAAUCUGAGACUAUACCAAGAAAGGAGAUGGAUGUGGUUGACACAGGUACCAGCAGUACAGGCCCUUCAGCCAGAACGGCGCUCAGUGACCAGAUCCUUGCUGCUCUGAAAGAGAAACCUGCCCCAGAGCUCUGCUUGGACAGUCAAGAUCUAGAGCUGGUCUUGAAAGAAGACACACAAGCCCUGGCCUCGGCUCUAAGAUGGGACAAGCAGAAAGCUGAUGCUCUGCAGCAAGCCUGUGAGCAGGAGCUCUCCAAGCGUCUACAGCAAGUGCAGACUUUGCAUUCCUUGAGGAGCACGUCAAAGGGCAAGAAAACGCUACCCUGGGGAGACUGGCUUGGUUCAAAACGCAAGAAAUAAGACUGAAGUGCUGCUUGCAAUUUUUCCUUAUUUUUUUUUCUUUAGAAUCAGUACAAGUAAAGAUCUAUCCCGGGAGCCAUAGUUUGCUGGUCAUACUGUGGUGUGGCUAUAGACAACUAAAAUCUGGACAUUGUCCUGAGGCUUAUACUCCUGUGAUGAUUCAAAUCAUGUGUAACCAAAGGGAUUUGAAUGUUUUGCAGAAUACUAGAACAAUGUCAUUGCUAAGCACAGCAUGUAAGGGGUCAGCUUUGAAUACCUGGUUGGGAGCCAGAAGCUUCCAGCUGAUAAUGAUGGAUCUAGCUUCUGAAGCCCCAGGCAGUUUGCUUACUUUGCCCACUCUCCAUUUUCAGCGUGAAGGAUGGAAGACCUCCAGAAGACACUUGGAGGCGCAGUUCAUGAACAGGGAAGAGGGGUUAGCCAGCUGCUGUCUGGCUUUAAGCUCAAGCCUGGGAUUUACGAACUUGAAUUCUCACACUAAUUUCAUCAGUUAAAGUAAAUUCAAAGUCCUUUAACUUCUGUGUUUUUUCUCUAAGGAGCUCCUGCUUCUUGGGUGCAGUGUAAGCACUAACUUGUAACACACAGGAAAGGUAGAAAUACUUACUCUCCUAAUCAUUAGUGUAAUAUCAUGAUGCUUUUGUAUUAACUGUCUUAUUUUUAAAUUUGUUAAAGUCUUUUUUUCUAUUACCAUUAAAACCAUUU